AGAUAAGAGCCAUUCAUUCUUGCUGACGCCAUGUGCACUUUAUCUAGGCCCACAAUCGAUAUUCACUGACGGCUUUAGCACAUAGUUGUACGCCUACAAGGAUGUCGUAAUUUACUUUAUAGUCUGUCAUACCACGAAAGGGGAGGAUUUGAUAUUCUGUGGAACAUAUUGCUAGUACAAGUGGAGCGCCAACCAUCAAAGUACCAUGGUAAUAUCGCUUGUCGUCGGCAUGGGAAGGGAACUUGCUCUCCUGCUCACUUUGUGUGGCCUGGCUCUCGCGCAAGAAAACAACGCCAAAUGCGGAGCCCCUUCGAUACCCCCGAUGCUUGACCCUGAGGAUCGUAUUUAUGGGGGCUACUCGGCUUUGCCCGGUAGCUGGCCCUGGCAGGCAGGCGUUUACACCCAUCGAUAUCAGCACUUCUGCGGUGGAGCCCUUAUCAACGACAGAUACAUCCUCACUGCGGCGCACUGCGUCUGGUCGAGGACGUCUACAAGUGUGAGGGUUCACUUGGGCGCGUACGCACGGCGAGCCUUAGACAAUACCGAAGUGAUAUACAAAGUGGAGGAGGUGUGCGCCCACCCGAAUUACAAACCAAGUAAGCGCAACUCGUCCGAUAUUGCUAUCAUCAAACUGCGUGACCCUGUGACCUUCACAAGGACCAUAUCUCCAGUGUGCCUCCCCCGUCACAAGGAAGAACUCCCACUAGGAUCAAAAUACUACGUCACCGGAUGGGGCUCUACAACAAGAGGAAAAUUCAUUGAAAAGUCGAGGGAGCUGAAGCAAGCCAUAACUGAAGAGCUUCCUCAAAAUGAGUCGGCAUGUUCCAUGAUGAUGCCCGAACUCCUCUGUGGAAGUCACGACUACGGAUCAUCUUGCUUCGGUGACAGUGGCGGACCCCUAGUACACCGAAAAGAUGGGAUCUGGACACUGUACGGCCUUGUGACCUCCGGCCCAUACACGUGCGGCGAUGCAUCGGACUAUCCACUUAUCUUUGCCAGGGUUUCUCACUACAUGGAUAACUUUAUUGCUCCAUACAUGGAUCCAAAGACUCCGAGGAAAGAGAUUAGGCGAAUCUGCACUAUAACAUGAUGUUCUCUGUAGUCGCCACGAUGCAGUGCUUCCUAAAAUAAAUGAGUGUCAAUGCGCCUAAAUUGAAAUAAUAACGGUUUUUGCAGAGGGCAUCGAUGAUGCUGACAACGAGAAAUGAUCACCUUGUUCAUGUUCCUAAUAGGUGAAGGAAUAAUAACCUUCUUAAUUUAUUUACAGAUGCAGCACGAAAGAUUUUAAGCUUCUCUCAUUGUAGACGAGCACGAAAAACAAAUAAUUUUAAAGUUGAGUUGCUUCGCUCUUUAUAUAUGAAAAAGCACUAUUAACAAACCUGAUAUGAAAUUUCUCCUUAAAUAUUGUACGAAAAACAAUACUAUGAAUACGUGGCACACCGUUGUGAAAGGUGGCGAAAAUUUUGACCACCCUGGGUUGGCCAUUCAACAUGUUGACAGCACAGGCAUAUAGUAUCCUGCACCCAUUAAAUUUUGAUCGCCGCAGUCAAUAUUGAAUUGGCUAGCUUUUGGGUCAACAGCAGAAAACCGUAACCACCGUAGUAUCGCGGAGAUGAAACCAUCUUGUAGAGCGAUUUCAGCCUGAUGUGGACGUCUGGUCACAAUAAAGUAAAAAUGAACCACACCA